ACAUUAUAUCAAGCGGGAGUUGGGACUUUCUACUUAACCACUUUAUGGCUCGUUAUAAAAGCAUCCGUUAGGAUAAUAUUGUUCAGUUUGUCGUUGACUUUUGCAGGAAUAAGUAUUCGUUUUCUUUAAUCGGCAUUAUUUUGAUACUAACAUCUGCAAACUGCCGCGAAUUAGUGAUAAGAGAACGAUUGCUUGGGUUAAUGUAUUUGCAUAAUUAAACUUUAAUCUUUUGAUUAGUUGGCUCUGCUUUAGCACUACGGAAGUCAUUUAUUAUUACCGAUUAUGUCAAUUUGUGCUAAAGUAUUGAGCGUUUAAGUGCUGUUCGUCAAAAGAUCAUUUUUUUAUUUUAUUUAUUUUAUUUAUAUUUUUAAUGGCGACAAGAUAAAUAUCUCAGAUGAACAAAAUUUUUGCGUAAUACUCAGUGACAUAAUUUAAGUUAAUUAUUUAAUUAAAUAUUUUUUUUAUUGAAAACAUGGAAACAAACAGUGACAAAACAAAACCUUUGCUGAGUUACCACAAAGUAAAUAUUUUGUCGCAAAAUUUCGAACCGCUGCAAGAGAAUCAGAAAGGCAGUCAGUUGAACAAUAAUGAUGAACUAAACAAUGACAGUAAUAAUAACAACAAUGAGAAGACUGUGUACGAGGAAGAGGAAGAUGAGGUUCCAGUUCAAUACACAUCCAAUUGUCGAGGUGUAUUCGCUCAGUGUAUGGUUGCCGGCGCAGUGCUAUUUUUAACCGCAGGUGUAGGCAUGCCUAUAGGAUACAGCGGAGUUUUAUUACCUCAACUUUACGAAAUUAAUAGUACGCUUCAUAUAGAUCAAGAUAUAGGUUCAUGGAUAGCGUCAAUUCACAGCUUGGCAAGCCCGCUGGGUUCCCUGAUAUCUGGACCACUUCUAGAUGCAAUAGGUAGACGAAGCUGUUUGCAGUUGUCUGCUGUUCCUUUGUGCAUUGGCUGGCUCCUGAUAGGAUUCGCUAAAAAUUUAUGGCUCAUGUUAUUGGGGCGAUUUUUCGCAGGAUUCGGAGUUGGAAUUUGCGGCGUUUCUGCUCAGGUAUUAGUUGGAGAAACAGCAGACCCAGGCAUCCGAGGAUUCCUAGUUUCAAUUUCAAUAGCCGCAUAUUGCGCCGGAAUUCUACUAGUCUACGCUCUAGGAUCGGCUUUCACAUGGGAAACAGUUGCAUUCAGUGGGAUAAUUCUUCCCGGAAUAAGUUUAUUAACUCUGAGCUUAGUAUCCGAAAGUCCUGUUUGGUUGGUUAGACGGGGUAAAAUCAAUGCUGCUAAAAAAGCUCUUAUGUGGUUACGUGGAGGUGACACAAAACAGAUUGCAGCGGAAAUGUCUGACCUGAUAUCUCGAACAAAGCAAGACGACAUGCGUGCCUCGUCGUCGGUAUCAACGUCCUUUAGGGAGCGACUAUCUGAAACAAAGGCGAAAAUUGUUCAUCCAGGUGUUCUCAAGCCGUUGAUAAUCAUUAAUGUUUUUCUAGUCUUGCAGGCGUUUUCCGGCACGUACAUCAUUGUUUACUACGGCGUCGACCUUAUCCAAGACAUUGGAAAAGGAAGCGUUGACAAAUACAUGGCUGCUGUUGUGACUGCAGUUAUUAGAUUUAUAUUCUGUCUGCUCUCUUGUUUCUUGCUGUUAAAAAUAGGCAGCAGAACUAUCGCCAUUGUGUCGGGAACGGGAACUGCUCUGUCGUCAUUAGUCCUCGCGGCGUAUGUUUUAGCGAAAUCCGAGGAGUCUUAUUUAGAUAAAUACAUAAUAGGAACCUGCCUUUUUUUGUACGUCAGUUUAAACACAAUUGGAUUAUUCACCCUAAUUGGAAAUAUAAUCAGCGAAUUGCUACCGCAUCGAGCUCGCGGUAUCGGGGGCGGAUGUUCGAUGUUUAUGUUCAAUUUUUCACUGUUCAUUACAGCUAAAAUUUUUCCCUUGGUUAAAGAAGCAGUUGGUAUGGGCGGCGUUUUUAUCAUCUUCGGAGUAUCGGCUCUGAUACUAACGACGUUUAUGUGGCUGACGUUUCCCGACACAAGGAAUCGUUCGCUGCAAGAGAUUGAGGACUACUUCAAUGGAGAAAGUAUCUUGUGGGUCAAGAAGAAGAAAUGUCAGAAUGAGAGGCUCCAAAAUUCAGAAGCAUAAAUAAUUAUUCUAGUGGA